AUGGAUCUCGAUCAUGAUAAGGAGCUCCCCGAUUCGGCUGAAGAAGCGGUUUUACUCCCCCCGUCACAUCCAGUCAGAUUUGUAUGGGACCAAACAACGAAAAGAUCUGCUCAUAAUGCGAGGAUGAAAAAUCGUAUUGUUUCGGAUAUGAUCGCAAACAGGUACCUCUACCCACGUGUCCCAGAGCAAGAGUUCACAAAGGCGAAGCUCGACAGCGUGUUCGAACAAGCCUACUUCACUUUACGGCAGAAAUACGCUUCUCAGAAAGGUUUGAAUGCGAACGCAAAGGAUCGUGCUGAAAUGAAGUCGAAGAAAGCCCGGCGUCUCAGUCGGAAGAAAAUUAAACUAGCCAAUCGAAGUACCACACGCAAGAAGCUCGAAGAUGCACGUUAUGUUAUAUUAAAAGACGUUACAUUUGAUGCUGCAUUCCAAAUGGAUUGCAUGUCAUCUGAGGAAUCGAGCGAAGGUGAGGACGCGUCAGAGGAUGCCGCCGAAGGCGAUAGACCGCACUCUUCGAAAUCAUUACGAAUCCGAUAUCUCGCUUGGCGCUCGACACGUUUACAAGCGCUCUUCCGCAUUAUCGACGAACAUGAGCAGUAUAAUCGUGAAAUGAAACCUAAACGCGGUAGCGGGCGGAAAGAUCGGCGCAUGGGACAUCCAAAGGAAGGUAAUCCACCUCCGCCGAAAGGCACACCACACUGGAUGGUAAGCAAGAAAUGGCUGCGAGAGGCAAGCGCAGUCAACCAUCUGAUCGCAGACCUCGUGAGUCCAGACAACGAAAAUGCUGCGCAGGCGCUAUCUAUUCUUGGAGAUGAAAGUGACGACGAGGAGGCGCAGAUGGUAGCAACGGACCCGAAUUUUACCCAACUACCGGCUCCGCCUAUGCCCAUCCCGGAACCUUUGAUGCCCACCGUCACCACAGACGAUGCAUUUCAUCACGCGCAGUUCAUGUAUGCGCAGCACGCUGCCUGGGCCGAUACGAUGGCUGGUUACGUCGACCUAUCCCAAUAUUCCUCUCCUGUUCUGCAAACUUAUCCCCCUGGCAUACCACAUUCGUCGUAA